GUUUCCUUAAAACAAAAGACACACCCCAAAUUCACCUUUAACACAAUCUUCUUUUUCUUUUUCUUCUCUUUAUCUGCUUCUUUUUCAUCAUUCUUAUAUCAUUCAAAAAACAUGAAGAUCUCAUCAAACUCUUCUUAUUCAUCAUCAUCAUCUUCCUCAAAAUUUGACCCACCUGCAGCUAUGUGCAACAACUCCAAAAAUGGCACUUCAGGGUGCUUCAAUGCAAUCCUCCGCAGGAUUCUCUGUUCUGGUGGCCUCCCAACACACCCAUCAGAUCAAAUUAGAGACUUUGAUUCAAAUUCAAUUCUGGGUACUACUAAAGAUCAAAACUUUAAUGCCAAAAAGCACCAUGCUAAAGCCACCACUAGUAGUGUUAGUUCCUCUGGUACUACAACAACAACAACAGCUACUACUACUACUACCACAACUCCAGGAAUAGUUGCAAGGUUGAUGGGUUUGGAUUCAAUGGUGGACAUUCCUUCGAAUUCAUCGCUUUUGCGAAGCAAAUCGAUGAAUUCGGUGGAUUGCUUAGGGGAGUGUAAUAGAAUGGAUGGUUUGCAUAAGAGGGUAAAAUCGACAUUGUCAUUCAGGGAGGUGCCAACUUUCUUCUUACUUGAAAAUGAAAACUUCUUUGUUCUUAGCUUUGAGAAGAAGAAGAAUGAUAAGUCCAUUGGGAAGAAAAGGGAAAUGGGUUAUGGUGGUGAAGAGUUGAAGGAAAAGAAGAGAGAAAAUGUGAAGAGUAGCAAAAGUGUUGCUAAUGGAAAGCUUCAAGAGAUUACCAACACUUGUUACUAUGAGAAGAGUAGGAAGAAGAACAAGAACAAGAAGUGUUUUGAUUCUGAAGCAAGGAAACUGUCACAGCCUAGGAUCCUUAUGGAUGAUGGUGUGAGGAUGAAGAGGAGAAGGGGGAGGAAGAGGAGUAAUUCAAAGUGUGAAUUUGAAUCCAAGCCUUCAGAAGAUACAAGCCCAGUUUCUGUUCUUGAUUUUCAGAAGAGGGAAGCUUGUGGAACAGCCAAUUCGAAUUCAAGAAGAAAAUUGUCACCAGAGCUUGAUGAGAAUGAUCAGAAAAUUCUUUGGCGUUCUGAUGGAAAUUUGAUGGCUGAAGAGGGAAAAUCUACGGCAAUUGAGAGCAACAAAUGUGAAGAAGGAUCAAAGAAAAAAGAGAAGCAUGUGAAAAAUUGGGAUGAAAUUUGCAUGCUAGCUAAGGAGGAUGAACUAGCAUGGAUGAAUAAUAAUAAACAAGAUGGUGAUUUAGGAAGCAUUAGUGCUGAUUUUGCGUCUCAUAUUUUUGAUCAGUUGUUAAAUGAAGUGAUUCAUCAACUUCUAGUUGAGGAUCCAUGAUCCACUCAAAACUUUGCAGAUUCAAAAAAUUGUAAAAAUAAGUAAUAUAAUUCAGCAUAUUAUUGUAUUAUUAUUAUUAUCAUUAUUGUUAGUAAAGUGUAAAAAGAUUUAAAUUCCA